UGGAAGCACGCUGCAUGCGCGUCCAGGAUCCCUCGUCGCCGGUGGAAGUCCUGGUGCAGAGGCUCAAGGCGGAGAUGCAGGAGCAACUGCGGCAGACGCAACGGCUCGAUUCCGGCGCGGUCUUCAGGCCCAAGCGCGACAUCUCCGAGUGUAAUUGUCCUCCAGGUCCACCCGGUGAGCCGGGUCCACCCGGAAAGAGGGGCAAGAAAGGGAAGAAGGGCGAUCCCGGGGAGCCCGGUGCGCCGGGUGUGGCCGGGACGCCGGGCAAGAACGGUUUUCCGGGACCCAUCGGCUUGGACGGGCCCAAAGGUGAUCCGGGUCGACCCGGCGACAAAGGGCAGAAGGGCGAGCUGGGCAGCCCCGGAUUCGACGUCUUGUCCGCAGUAAAGGUAUCUACAAUAAAUAACGGCAGAGUAAAAAUAAUUGUCUGGAAAAAAAUCUCGUCAACUGGAUUGGGGUUAAAGAGGUCGGUGACGACGCUCCGCGGCGGGACGCUCGGCUACGCGGAAAUCGUCGCCCUCAAGGGAGAACCGGGUGAACCCGGGCCGCCGGGACCACCCGGUCCGUCAGGAGCCGAGGGUCUUCCUGGACAUGAAGGCAGACAGGGGAUUCCGGGCGAGGUCGGCGCACCAGGGGAGAAAGGCCCGCCCGGGCCGAUCGGGCCCAUCGGCCCGACGGGCACGCCAGGACUUGCAGGUCCCAAGGGUGACAAGGGUGAUAAAGGUGAUCGGGGCUUCACGACGACCUUAAAGGGUGAGCAGUUUCCAAGUGGAGUAUUUGAAGGCCCACCUGGUCCACCAGGACCACCUGGGUCUCCGGGCGAGAAGGGAGAACUGGGCCCGACAGGACCGCCUGGCCUACCCGGCGAGAAGGGUACUCGGGGAAAGCAAGGGAAGAGGGGUUUCAAGGGUGAGAGCGGUUUGGCAUUGGCGAGGGGUGCCCCCGGCCUGCCGGGUCCGAAGGGUGAGUCCGGCGAACGGGGUUACCGGGGCGAAAAGGGCGCCAUGGGAGAUGCGGGUUUACCAGGGCCCAAGGGAGAGAUGGGACUGCAGGGCUUGCAGGGGCUCAAUGGAACCGACGGCGAUCCUGGUAUCCAAGGACCCCCCGGAUUACCGGGAAUAUCUGGACCUAAAGGUGAAAAGGGCGACUACGGCGACAUUGGUCCCCCCGGCCUUAUGGGACCUCCGGGUCUACCCGGCCCACCGGGCUAUCCUGGGCUGAAAGGCGAAAAGGGAGAGAAAGGUGAAUCGAAGUACAAAAAGCUCAGGCGAAGACAGGGAGACGGCACGUUCGAGAUGAAUGCCGGAGAAGUGAUAAUGGGCCCGCCCGGACCCCCAGGACCUGCUGGUAUUCCCGGACUGCAGGGCCCACCCGGAAUCAAGGGUGACAGAGGACACGAUGGCGCCAAAGGCGAUUCUGGAGAAAAGGGUGCCAAAGGGGAUCCUGGUCCGAUGGGACUGCCCGGCCCCAUGGGACUGAGGGGAGAGUCCGGAAAGCCCGGGGAUUCCGGGAAACCUGGCGCCAUGGGAUCACCAGGAUUAGACGGCAUGAAGGGCGCGCAGGGUGAGCCAGGAACGAAGGGAGAAAGAGGAGAUCCGGGAUUGCCUGGUACCGACGGGAUUCCCGGCGCGGAGGGACCGAAGGGAGAGAAAGGUGCCAAAGGCGAAUCUGGGCCGCCGGGUAAACGCGGCAGAAAAGGCGACAAGGGCAACAAGGGAGAUCAAGGUGUUCCAGGAUUGGAUGCCCCGUGUCCGCUGGGACCGGAUGGACUUCCCUUACCAGGCUGCGGCUGGAGACCACCGCAGCAGGACAUCACGAGCACGUCCGCGCCGGCGAUCGAGGGUCCUGAGCCCGCGGAGACGGAUUACGAGGAACCGGAGGACGAGUACGACGACUAUACGGACCCGAACGGGAACCUAGCCGAGCAAUAAUGCUCGUUUUUGUGCGCUGCCCUAAUAACUAUCGACAACUACCACCAAUACCAACACCAUCAUCAUCACUACCACCAACCACCACCACCACCACCACUGCCACCCUCAUCACUCGUCUCACCCCGUUCUCCUAAACUAACGUGAUCCUGCCAAGGAGCAACAUCCUGCGUCAGUGGCUGGAAGAAGAGGAGGAUGGGGAGGAGAAAGAGAACGAGCGGCA